UGUCUAAAUUGUUUUAUAAAUAUAUGUAAUGAAAACUAGAAAAACAAGGUGGCAUAUUACAAUUACAUGAAAAUUUGAAAAUAUAAAAUAAAAGUUUUUGCUUAGUAGUAAGGAAAAGAAUUUUUUUUUAUUUUUCAAUUUUUUUAAAAAAUUAUAAAUUUCAUCUCGGUUUUUCUCAAAAUAAGUUUACUUCAAAAAUUAAGACAAUAUUUUUCUAAUUUUUUAAAAUUACAAAAAUUCAAAUAUAAAUAAACUCUUAAAUUUAAUUUUUUAUAUAUAGUUUUUUAAGACAAUUAUAAAAAUACUAUCUUUUUCUUUUAAUUUUUCAAUAUUUGUAUAAAAGUAUAAAAAACAUAUUUUUAAAGACCUAAUUAAUAAUAAAAUAUAUAUUUUAUUUUUCUAUUAUAAAAUAAAUUUUAAAAUAAUAUCUUAUUUUUACAUUGUUUUAAUAAAUAUUUACAUAUAAAAUUAAAAAAAAAAAGCAUCUUUUCUAUUUUUAAAAUUUAAAUAAAUGUUGAGGGACUGAAAAAAUGUAGUUUUUUAUUGUAUUUUUUGAAAAGCAAAAAACAAAAUAAUUGUUCAAAAUAAAAUAAAAAUUUUAUAUAAAUGUUGAAAAAAUUAAAAUAAAACAUUAUUUUUAUAAAUAAAUAAAUAAAAUGUUAAAAUGAUAAGAUUCCAAAUGUGUCCUAACGGAUAGACUGAACGAAAAGGCAGAAGGAACUUUGGAGCUCGACAUGCGACUUUGCCAUGGCUUCCUCCCCAUCAAAGCACCCCAAUUUCUCUUUCGUAACCCUUUCCCUAAUUCUGUCUCUCUCUCGCUCUCCACCUCUUCCAAGUCUCAGCAAGUCGAGCUUUCGGAGACCCUCCAGUAUGACACCUUGAAAUCUCUAGAAUGGGGUUCUGUGUGCAAACAAGUAGCCGCCUUUACCUCCACCAGCAUGGGCUCCGCCGUGGCGCGGAACGGCAGCCUUCCGCUGGGCCGGACCCCCGACGAAAGCAGGAUACUCCUGGAGCAGACCACGGCAGCGAUGCUCCUUCCUCGGCCGCUGGAUUUUUCGGGGCUUGAGGAUGUGUCUGAGAUCGUGGAUUCUUCUGUGUCGGGGGAAUCGAUUAGGAUCAGCGAGAUUUGCAUGGUGAAACGGACUUUGGAAGCUGCCAGAGGGCUGCUGCAGCAGUUGGAGGACGUUGCUUUGGAGGAUGAGUCAUCGGAAAGGUUCUCUCCUCUGCUUGACAUACUGCGGAAUUGUAAUCCCCUGAUGCAAUUGGAGCAAAAAAUAGGAUUUUGUAUAGACUGCAAUUUUUUUAUGAUCCUUGAUAGAGCCAGUGAAGAAUUGGAACUUAUUAGGUCGGAAAGGAAGAGGAACAUGGAAAAUUUGGAUUCUUUGUUAAAGAGAGUAUCAGCUCAGAUUUUUCAGGCUGGGGCCAUUGAUAGACCACUGGUAACUAAGCGGCGCUCAAGGAUGUGUGUUGGUGUUAGGGCUUCACACAGAUCAUUGCUCCCGGAUGGUGUAGUUUUAAAUGUUAGCAGUUCUGGAGUAACAUAUUUUAUUGAGCCGGAAGAAGCUGUGGAGUUGAAUAAUAUGGAAGUAAGGCUUUCAGACUCUGAGAAGGCUGAAGAACUAGCCCUCUUGAGCUUUCUUACAUCUGAAAUAGCAGAAGCAGAAAUGGAGAUCAAGUACUUGUUGGAUAGAGUUUUAGAAGUUGAUCUUGCUCUUGCAAAAGCUGCUCAUGCUCGGUGGGUGAAUGGGGUCUGUCCAAUUUUGUGUUUAGAGCGUUGUGAAGGUUUUGAAUCUAACAGAAAUGACUCAAAUGAUUAUUCCUUAUUAGUAGAUAUUGAAGGUAUACAACAUCCACUGCUUCUGGAGUCGUCUUUGAGAAGUUUGUCAGAUAAAGGGAAUAGUGUGACGAUUUCUGAAAGAUUAUCUGGUGUAGCUAAUUUUCCCAUUCCAAUUGACAUUAGAAUUGGAUGCGGAACCAAAGUCGUCGUGAUCUCAGGACCUAAUACAGGAGGCAAAACUGCUUCUAUGAAAACUCUGGGCCUGGCAUCUCUUAUGUUGAAGGCUGGCAUGUAUGUCCCUGCUAAGAAAUGCCCGAAAAUUCCAUGGUUUGAUCUUGUUUUGUCAGACAUUGGAGAUCAACAGUCUUUGGAGCAAAAUCUCUCAACUUUUAGUGGGCACAUAUCCCGAAUUUGUAAGAUCUUGGAAGUGGCCUCAAAAGAAUCAUUGGUCCUUAUUGAUGAAAUAGGGUGUGGGACUGAUCCUUCUGAAGGCGUGGCUCUUUCUGCUAGCAUUUUGCAUUAUCUCAAAGAUAGAGUCAAGUUAGCUGUGGUAACUACACAUUAUGCAGAUUUAACUCGUCUGAAAGAGAAAGAUGCUAGAUUUGAGAAUGCUGCAAUGGAAUUUUCUAUGGAAACUUUACAACCAACCUAUCAACUACUGUGGGGAAGUGUGGGUGAUUCUAACGCUUUGAAUAUUGCUAAAUCAAUUGGAUUUGAUAGUAAAAUAAUUGAACGUGCAAAAAUGUGGAUAGAGAAAUUAAUGCCAGAAAAGCAGCAGGAGCGGAAAAGUUUGCUUUAUCAGUCAUUAGUGCAGGAAAGAAACAGGUUGGAAACUCAGGCAAGGGCAGCAGCUGCUCUUCAUUCAGAAAUUAUGGAUCUCUAUCAUGAGGUAAAUGACGAGGCAGAAGAUCUGGGUGAGCGUGAGGUAGCUCUCAAGGCAAAGGCAUCCCGACAGAUCCAACAUGAAAUACAAGUUGCAAAGUCUCGGAUGGAAACUGUGGUGAAGGAGUUCGAGAGCCAACUCAAAACUGCCAGUGCUGAUCAGUAUAAUUUGCUAAUCAAGAAAUCAGAAUCUGCUAUUGCAUCCAUUGUUGAAGCUUACUGCCCUAGUGGCAGUGUCCCUGUAAGAGAAGUGGACAGUUACACACCACAAUUUGGAGAGCAAGUCCGAGUUAAGGGAUUGGGAGAUAAGUUGGCAACUGUAGUUGAACCACCAGGAGAUGAUGGUACUGUACUUGUCCAGUAUGGAAAAAUGAGGGUCCGUGUGAAUAAGAACAAUAUCAGAGGACUUGCAAAUAGUGAGAAGAGUGCUGCAAGUAGUUCUGUUGCAAACCUGAAAAGGCAGGGUGGCCGGAGUAAAAAUUUAAGGAAACCUUUAGAAGCCAACAAUGGUGAGAAUGCUUCUUAUGGCCCGCUGGUGCAGACAUCAAAGAACACUGUUGAUCUGCGUGGUAUGCGUGCGGAGGAAGCUUCUCGCCACCUUGACUUGGCGAUCUCCACUAGAAAACCUCAUUCAGUAAUCUUUAUUGUACAUGGUAUGGGCACCGGGGUUGUUAAGGGGUGUGCCCUUGAAGUAUUGAGAAACCAUCCACGGGUUGCAAAGUUUGAGCAGGAGAGUCCAAUGAAUCAUGGCUGCACAAUUGCUUAUAUAGAUUGAAAUAGUGCUUUCUUGAAAACCCCUACUUGCUGUAGGUAACAUGUAUUGUCUACAGUUUUUCCCCUGUAAUGUGGACUUGAUCCCAGGGCAUUAUGUACAAAAUUUUUAGCUGAUCUCCCCUGAUCAGUGCCUUACAAACCAAACCUGCAUUGCUAUUUUUGAUACAUAAAUCCAUCUAGCAUUCAAUUUGUA